AUGCUCUACGUGGAUCUCUACAAAUGCGAAGAGUUGUGUAAUUCAAAUGGUAGAUGUUUUCAAAAGAAUCCAGUUCAACGGUCGUGCGACUGCGAUUUGGGCUUCACUGGACGCACUUGUGGAGUCGUCGAUCCGAAUCCAGCUCCAAUCAGUCGAUUUUCGCCGAUUCCGGAAAAAAUGGAGGUAUUUGACCAGGACCCAGGACCCAGGACCCAGGACCCAGGACCCAGGACCCAGGACCCAGGACCCAGGACCCAGGACCCAGGACCCAGGACCCAGGACCCAGGACCCAGGACCCAGGACCAAGGGAGUUAG